CUCAGCACCUUCAGUCCUUCCCGUCGCGGGCGCCCAAGCGCUGAACGUGCGAUGAGCGCCAGAAAGCCGGUAGAGGGCCCGCGGGGUGGGGGGAGGCGCCGCAGAGGAGAGCGGGAGAGUUGGGGAGAUCGGGGCGGAGGCCGCCAGAGCGGGGCCCCUCCACCUAAAAUGUUAUUCCCUGCCCUCCCCCUCUAAAAUAUCCUGGCUACAGACCUGUUUCGGCUACCAAUAAAACAGUAGGUCUAAAUGUUUUAAAACCUAACAGGCUGAUGCAACCACUGCUCUGAGGCGCCGCCUAUUACCAAAGGUCUCUACAGGCGUGGCCGCGCUUCUGCAGGGAACCAAUAAGGUGCCGUCGACUCCGGGCUGCGUCGCCCGGUUGUUAGUAGAAGCGCCGCCUGGUCUUUAAUUUUCCCUUUUUGGAAGAAGGCAAAGAAGAGCUUUUCUUUCCUGUCAGCGCAACUGAUGGAGCGCCUGCGUACUCGUGAACCGUCAGCGGAGUCUUUCGGCCCGCAACUCAACCGUUGAGCCGUGGGGCCGGCGCCAUUUUGUUUUCCCCUUAUUUAACGAGCCGCCUUGGACGAUGAGGCGACCGUCUUGUGUUCUUUGGAACAUGGCGCGGCCCAUCCUGGGAGGAGGAAGUCACCGCAUUCUUACGAAGCCUAGAAACCUCACGGACGGGAAGAACAGGCUGAGGUAAGACCCAGCCGGCCAUGGAGCCGAGCAGGGAGCAGGAGCCGGCGAGCUCUUCCCUCGGUUCUUGUCCGUCCUCUUUGCCGCAGCCCCAACCUGACGCCCCGUUUUCGUGGCUGCGGCUCUUUUCUCAGCUGCUGCAGCGUGUCCUGCCCAGUCCGUCCACUUCUGUCCUCCUAUUGAAGGCCGAGGCCCACGCGACCGACCCCGAGCCUUCUUUGCCCGUGUGGGAAGCUGCCGAGCUAACCCCGCUUCUUGUCAAGCACCACUUCGGCGUGGUUUCGUCCUCCUUCGUGCUAGGUGGCGCCGAAGAGAACCCGCUGCCUCGGGCCUUGAGUGCCUCUUGGGAACAGCUGCCCGAGGCCCAUCAUCUCUGCUCCAAACUGCCCGAUAUCUUGCGGCAGGUGCAGCUGCGGGGCAGCAAGGUGGGUCUGGAUGUGCCGGAUCCUGAUUAUGGUUAUCAUAGCUUGGAGGAAGAGCAACAGCGGGGGUCCUGGGCACUGAAAAAGCAUGCGGGGCCUUCAGUGGAUUAUUGCGAACUAGAUCUAAAGAAGCCGGACCCUGGAAACACCCGUGAGCCUCCCGGUGCGAGGCAUCCCUGCGAGGAGGCCGGAGCUGCAGCCAAAUCCAUCCCCGAUGAGAACUUUGAUUUAGACCAAGAGUUGUUCCCGGUGGAGGCCAGACCGGCGUGUGCUAACAAACUGAUAGAUUACAUUCUGGGGGGCGCCUGUAGCGGGGAGGAGAGCGAGGAGGAGGAGGACUGGGAUGAGGACGAGGAUUAUGAUGAUGGGUUUGAUAGUGAAGGUUCCCUUUCGGAAUCUGACCUGGCCAGCCAGGAAGGCGAGAGUACGCAUCUGUGGAACUCCUUUAGUAGCCUAGAUCCUUACAACCCUCAGAACUUCACAGCUGUUAUUCAGACUGCUGGAAACGAAGCCAAAAAAGAACUUCCUGGUGAGCCAAAUAGGGUAGAGGAUGUGGAGGAUUCUUCCUCUUGGACGGAAAGUUCUGGAGAGGAAGAUGACUGGGAUUCUUGUGGCCUAGAUGAAUCUGAAAAUUUAAAGCUGUGGAAUUCUUUCUGUAACUUGGAGGAUCCUUAUAAUCCUUUCAACUUCAAGGCACAGUUUCAGACUGCAGAAAAGAAAGUGAAGCAUGGCUUGAAAGGACCAGUAGGGAUGUGCCUUUCUCAACAGAGUGUCUGUUUUAGUUGUCAAGUGCAUGUGCUUGAUAACUGUGAGCCUGAGAUUAAGGAAACUGUGAAGCAUGGCAUCCUUUCUAGAGAAAAGUGCAUGAAGAAUAAGAAAAAGGUGGCUUUCGUAGAAGAAGUUACUGAGUAUUACGUGAGCAAUGAGGAAGAUCGCAAAGGACCCUGGGAAGAACUUGCGCGUGAUGGGUGCAGAUUCCAUAAACGAAUUCAAGAAACUGAAGAUGCUAUUGGGUACUGCUUAACAAUAGAGCACAGGCAGCGAAUAAUGCAAAGGCUCCAGGAAAUGUGUUACAGAAAGCUUGAUGUUUUCUAGCAGCUUAAUAAACUAUUUUAACUCACACUAAUAAUACUUAUGAACCAUCUCACAAAAGAUCACCUUUUCUAAUAAAAUGGCAGCUGCCUACAAAGAUCUAAAACUGGAGGACAUGAAAAAUUAAUACCACAUUCCAAUACUCUGCCAAUAAAUAUGCUGUAUGUAUCUGAAUGUGGUCUUGAAAUAAACUUUGUUGGGUAA